AUGCCUAAAAGACCUUUGGAUGCGAAUAAACCUCGUGGACCAGUAACAGCUUAUGCUUUAUUUGUUCGAACUUGUCGAGAUGAAUUACGACGUAAAUAUCCUCAAUUAACAGUUGAUUAUAAUGUUAUUGCAAAGAAAUGUUCAGAACGUUGGAAAGCUAUGAAUGAUACUGAAAAAAAACGUUUUAAUGAUACAGCUGAUUUACAACGUAAACGAUAUAAAGAAGAAAUGGCAACAUACUUACAAGAACAAUCAGCUAAACAACAACAACAAUUACAACAAUCUGCUACAUCAUCUAUAUUACUUCAAACACCAUCAACACAAUAUCUUGUUGAACCACAACAACAACAACAUAAAUUAAUUAUUCCUACACAAACACAACAUACAGCAACAACAACACUUGUUACUUUACCAAAGAAACCAGCAAGAAAACGCGAAAGAAAACCUAAAGAUCCACUUGCACCUAAAAAACCACUAUCAGCUUAUUUUCUUUUUUGUGCUGAUGAACGACCUAAAGUACAUGGUUCACAAACAGGCAUGUCUGUAAGUGAUGUGGCACGAGAACUUGGUGUUCGAUGGAAAAGUGCACCAGCUGAACUAAAAACCAAAUAUGAACAAGCAGCAUCAGAGAAAAAACAUGUUUAUCAAGCUGAAAUGGCAAUUUAUAAACAUCAAACAUCGAAUGGUUCAUCACCUCCUGAAACUCCUCAAACACCUUUAACACCUCAUGAUUAUCCACCAACUUACUCAUCAUCUUCUAUUCAACAACAUUCACAAUUACAACAAUUACUUCUUCAACAACCACAAAGUUUUAAUUCAUAUGAUAAUGGUGAUACAUCUGAGAAUCCAGCUGAAUUUGAUAUGAUAUCAGGUGUAAAUCCAGUUGAUGAAAACGAUGAUUAG